AUGUCAGGGCGCGGCAAGGGCGCCAAGGGGCUGGGCAAGGGCGGCGCCAAGCGCCACCGGAAGAUCCUCCGCGACAACAUCGAGGGCAUCACCAAGCCGGCGAUCCGGAGGCUGGCGAGGAGGGGCGGCGUGAAGCGCAUCGCCGGCAUGGUCUACGCGGAGACCCGCGGCGUCCUCCAUAUCUUCCUCGAGGAAGUCAUCCGCGACGUCGUCGCCUACACCCAGCACGCCCGCCGCAAGACCGUCACCGCCAUGGAUGUCGUCUUCGCGCUCAAGCGCCAGGGCCGAACCCUCUACGGCUUCGGAGUCUAG